AAUGACCGGAUCAUUCUGAUCCUCACACUUGGAAGCAUGUGGUCGCAAACUGGUUACCGUGACAUCCUUUUGCCGAUGUUCUUCUCUCUCUAAAUCUCACCCUUUUAGAAACACAACCAGAGGAAAAGAGACGGACAGACUGUUGUGUGGAAAUGGUUCUCUGCUUCCGGCGUUCAUCUUAUUAUGAUUAUUAGACAUGGAUGUUACCAUCUGAUAACAAAACUGAAGAUCCAACAAUAUGUGGGGAUUUGCUUCAAACACCAUUGCUGGUAGCUCUGGACUUAAAAACAAUCCUUCAAGACCCCAUCAUCCCUCAUCCGACUGCUCAGAUGAUGAUAUCUCCAUAACCAACAGUGGAGAAGAAGGUUUCGAGUGCCCAAUUUGUUGGGAAUCCUUCAACAUUGUAGAAAACAUACCCUACGUUUUAUGGUGUGGUCACACCCUCUGUAAAAACUGUGUUCUUGGCCUCCAAUGGGCUGUUGUCAAACUCCCAACUCUCCCAAUUCAACUCCCAUUCUUCAUAUCUUGCCCAUGGUGCAAUCUUCUAUCUUUUCGCCUCGUUUACAAAGGAAACCUAAAGUUUCCUAGAAAGAACUACUUCCUUUUAUGGAUGGUUGAAAGCAUGAAUGGUGACAGAAUCAAGUCGCAUUCCUCCUGCCCGGACCACCACCUGCCGCCAGUAGCCGCCUGGUCAUGGAACCGUGGUUGGGCGGCUACCCGCGGGAGCUCCGCCGUGGGCCCGUGUACGCGUGAGUCUGAUCAUAAUAAUCAAGAUGCUAGUGGGACCCAUUCAAACUCUGAAAGAUUGCAGUCUUCGAUCCGUAAGUCACUGAUCUUUUUUGUUCACUUGACAGCUAAGUUUCCAUUGGUGUUUAUAUUUCUGCUUAUUGUGCUUUAUGCGAUUCCUGCAAGUGCGAUCAUCUUGGCUGUGUAUAUUCUGAUUACAAUUCUGUUUGCUGUUCCUUCUUUUCUUGUUCUGUAUUUUGCAUACCCUAGUCUUGAUUGGCUGGUAAGGGAGAUUAUAAAUUAGGGUUAUGUUUGGUUCUUGUUUCUAGUUAAAAUUUUGACCCUUUUUGUUCAGUUUGUUGAACUAUCUGUUUUAGUAGAUUUGAGUUUGUACUUGAACGUUUAAGGUGAGAAUUUAAUAUGUGAGCUUUUUUGGUGGGUGUUUCA